UCUCUUUAGUGUUUGCCCUGUCCGUUGUCUUUCAUUCAAUCACCGCUAUUAACUGUUUAACCUGGUUUUUAGAGUUCAAACGCGAAGUUGUGAUGGUGUGGGACUGACACAUGUCCAUGGAGUAAGAAAAUCUGCUUUUUAAAGGGAGGCACAAGUCGGGACAGAAGCAGAAAGGUAGAUCUUCAAACUCCAUUGCACAGAAUUAGCCUGCAAGUUCCACUGGUAAACUUGUUAACCUCCUGUCUGUUAUUGGAAGUCAGCAUGUCUCAAAUUCAACUUCAGAGUAUACCUCCUACCCUGUCUGGGAGCAGUCUGCUUAACAAGCCUCCACAGUCUAUAGUCUCUCAGCCUUUGAUGAGUAUUCCUCCUCCUGCUGGCUCUCUGCCUUCUGAAAAUGCUGGCCGACCUAUCCAGAACUCUGCUUUACCGUCUACGUCUGCUACUGCCGCCAGUGCAGCUGCAGUUUCAUCUAACAUGGCAAACCCCAAAGAGAAAACCCCAAUGUGUCUGGUGAAUGAGUUAGCCCGUUUCAACAAGAUUCAGCCAGAGUACAAGCUUUUGAGUGAACAGGGUCCAGCCCACUCGAAGGUAUUUACAGUGCAGCUGACUCUCGGAGACCAACAUUGGGAAGCCGAGGGGACAAGUAUUAAAAAAGCUCAACAUGCAGCAGCUGCUCGUGCCCUGGCUGAGACAAAAUACCCCAAACCUGUCGCUCGUUCGCCGCGAAAUGAAGGAAAAAAUCCAGACAGCGUAACACCCACAGUGGAACUUAAUGCAUUGUGUAUUAAACUUGGACAGAAACCUGUCUAUAAACCUAUAGAUCCAUACACAGGAAUGCGACAGAAUUACAACUAUAACAACAUGAGAGGUGGUGCUUACCCUUCUGCAAGGUAUUAUUAUCCAUUUCCUGCUGUUGGACAAAUAUUUUACCAAGUGGAACUUUCUAUUGGAGGAGUACAGUUUCUUGGCAAAGGACGAACAAGGCAAGCUGCUAAACAUGAUGCAGCUGCAAAAGCACUGAAAAUAUUGCAGGCAGAGCCUUUGCCUGACAAAAAAACAGAGAUAAAUGGGAAAGAAUUUAAUGAUGAGAAUCUCAGUAAAUCGGAAAUAAGCCAGGUAUUUGAAAUUGCACUUAAAAGGAACAUGCCUGUUAAUUUUGAAGUUACUAAAGAGACUGGCCCUCCUCAUAUGAAGAGUUUUGUAACUAAAGUUGCUGUUGGUGACUUUGUUGGUGAAGGGGAGGGAAAAAGUAAGAAGAUAUCUAAAAAGAAUGCUGCUAUUUCUGUAUUAGAAGAGCUGAAACAGUUGCCACCUUUGCCAAUAGUUGAGAAAAUGAAACCAAGAAGCAAAAAGAAAACCAAAUCUAUAGUUAAGCUACAGACAAGUCCCGAAUAUGGCCAAGGAAUGAACCCGAUCAGUCGACUAGCACAAAUCCAGCAGGCCAAGAAAGAAAAAGAACCGGAAUACAUACUCAUCACAGAACGAGGCCUUCCAAGGCGCAGGGAGUUUGUCAUGCAGGUAAAAGUUGGGGUGCAAAGUGCUGAGGGGAUGGGAUCCAACAAGAAGGCUGCUAAACGUAAUGCAGCAGAAAGAAUGUUAGAACUCCUGGGAUUUUUGGUUCCUCAACCCCAGCCUCCAAAACCAGCUCUCAAGACUGAUGAAAAGGUACCAGUAAAAAAAUCUGGAGAUGGAAGAAAGGUGACGUUCUUCGAGCCUGGUACAGAAGACGCUUCAACAGGUAACAAGGAUGAUGACUUCCGGAUGCCUUAUCCAAACCACCCACAGCUUCCAGCUGGCAUCCUUCCCAUGGUUCCUGAGGUUGCCCAGGCUGUGGGUGCCAGUCAAGGACAUCACACCAAAGAAUUUAGUCGAGCAACCAGUAAUCCUGUAAAAGCCACCCUAACAGCCAUGAUUGCCAGAGAACUCUUGUAUGGUGGUACUUCUCCUACUGCAGAGACCAUACUGAAGAACAGUAACUCUAUGCACCUACCACAUGGCCCACUUGCUAGACCUUCUGAACAGUUGGAGUACUUGGCCAGUGUACAAGGAUUACAGGUUGAUUAUAAAGACUUUCCCAAAAACAAUAAGAAUGAAUUUGUAUCCUUAAUAAACUGUGCCUGCCAGCCUCCACUGGUCAGCCAUGGAAUCGGGAAAGAUGUAGAUUCCUGUCACGAUAUGGCUGCAUUAAACAUUUUAAAGCUGUUAUCAGAACUGGACCAACAAAGUACAGAAGUGCCAAGAACAGGAAAUGGACCAAUUUCUGUGUGUGUGAAACAGGAAUUAGAAAGUGAUCCUGCUGUCCUUAAACCGGCUAACUCAAGCACUCUAGGACAAACACUGGACAGCACUGCUUAAUCAAGCUUUUGACUGGACCCAAAGCUAAAAGCACCAGAGAAAAUCAAAUGCUUCCUUUUGUAGUAACUUGACUGUUUUAGAUCACUACAGUUGUCAUUAUGCUAUAGUAUCUAAAUCAUAAUAGUUGCUUAAGUGUCUUAAAAUGAAGAAGAGGAGAUAUUUUUAAUGAAAAUUAUGGACUUUAUUUAAACAGUUUGACUGCUACAACACAGGGUUGGAACUAUAUUUUGUAGUACUGGCAUGCAGUAAUGCCAGUUAACAAAUCUGGUUUUGAUCAUUUCCACAUAGGCAGUUUAUGUUCCAUUAAAAUGCAACUAUGCUAAGUUAAAACUUUUUCAUGUAUUUUUAAAGAAACCCUGAUAAUCAUCAGAUUGUAAGAUAGAUUUUAUUUUAAACAAACAUUAUCAUUUUUGCUUCCCAGUUUAUAAUUUGUGUUGGAGCCAAAAAAAGAGCAUUGAUCUUGGAAAUUUAUUUUUUAGUUAGAAUAUAUAAAAGAUGUAUUAAUGACAGUUUUAUUGCUGUAUUUCGGUAUACAGUCUAAGUACAUAAAAGAAGAAAGUGCAAAUGAUUUUCCUUGAGUGCUUUGAACUGUUUAGUUACAUCUCCAUGUAGGACUGAAGAAGUUUACUUGUUGAUAUGUAACCUGUUGUGUUGCUUCUCAUGUGUCGUGUUAUUGUGCACAUUGUGCACAUUUCAAGUAAAAGCACGAGACUUGCUUGCAAAAUUCAGUACUGCUUCAGUUCAUUGUUUACUUUGAACUUUCUGCUCCUCAUGGAAUGUAAGUAAAACUUGGUGUUUGUCCAAAUAAAUGGCGGUAUUAA